UUUCAUGACACGAAGAAUACAAGCAACCAGUUGAGAGCGUACCGUCGGGCAAAGGACUCCCGACCCCAAAAUGACACCAAAACAGUGAUCAAAAGCAGUUAAAAGUGCCAAAAUCGCCAAGUGCCAAGUCAUUUAUCGUCAAAUUCUGAGCUAACACGGAAGAGCCUUCAAAAUGAGCGUCUUCGGCAUGGUUUCGGCCGUAGCGGGCUUUAUCAAAGUCCGCUACCUCAUCGACAAGGCCAUGAUCGACAACAUGGUCUUCCGGGCCCAUUACAGGGUCACCUCCGCCAUCCUCUUCGUCUGUUGCAUCAUCGUAACAGCCAACAACCUCAUUGGGUACCCCAUCCAGUGCAUCAACGAUCGCGGGGUCCCAGGCCACGUGAUCAACACCUACUGCUGGAUAACCUACACUUUUACCCUUCCACACGAACAGGGAAAAUACAUCGGAUCGGAGGUAGCACAUCCCGGGUUGGGCAACGACAACCAGGAGAAACGCUACCAUAGCUACUACCAAUGGGUGCCCUUUGUACUGUUUUUCCAAGGAGUGUUGUUCUAUAUGCCGCACUGGAUUUGGAAAAUGUGGGAAAAUGACAAGAUUCGCAUGAUUUCGGAAGGGAUGAGGGGCGCCCUUGUGGGGGCCAAGGAGGAGCGGGAGAGGAGGCAAUCGAGGCUGGUGCAAUAUUUGGUCGAGACGAUGCAUAUGCAUAACACCUAUGCGUUUGGGUACUUCGUCUGCGAAGCUCUGAACUUCGUCAAUGUGAUGGUGAACAUAUUCAUGACGGACCGCUUUUUGGGCGGCGCCUUCCUCAACUACGGCACCGACGUCAUCAACUUCUCCAACAUGAACCAAGAGAACCGAACCGACCCAAUGGUCGCCGUUUUCCCGCGCGUCACCAAAUGCACCUUCCACAAGUUCGGUGCCUCCGGCACUAUCCAGAAACACGACGCUCUCUGCGUCCUCGCCUUGAACAUUCUCAACGAGAAAAUCUACAUUUUCCUCUGGUUUUGGUUCAUCAUUCUGGCCGUGCUGUCCGGCCUGGCGAUCGUUUAUUCCGCCGCGGUUGUGCUUCUGCCGAGCACCAGAGAAAUGAUCCUGAAACGGCGGUUCCGCUUUGGCGCCCCGAACGCAGUCGACACCAUAAUAAGAAAAACGCAAGUGGGCGACUUCCUGCUGCUGCACCUUUUGGGGCAGAACAUGAACCUGAUGGUGUUUGGGGAGAUUUUGGACGAGUUCGUGCGCCGCUUGAAUUUCGGCUCGAACUGCAACCUGCCCUCGGCGCCCAGCACUUUAGAAAUGAGCCCGAUUUACCCCGAGAUCGAGAAAUACGGAAAAGAGACUGAAACGUGAAGAUCUCUUCGAGAAUUUUUUUUCUAAUUUUACUUUGUGAUUAUUUAAUUAAGGUCGCUUCAUUUUUUUUAAUAUACUUAAGUCUCGUAUUGGGAAAAA